AUGAAUGCGCUGCGUGGGCAGGACCGAUUCCACAAGCUCCUCAAAGAAUGCAAAAACUAUACCGAUGCCAAGCGCCUCCACGCCCAUAUCGUCCACAGCGAUCACUGCGACAAUAGGUUUCUCGCCAACACGAUGAUCCAGGUGUACGGAAGGCUUGGAAGCGUGGAGGAUGCGUCCCAGGCAUUCAUGGGCAUCCGCCAACUUAAUCUAUACUCGUGGAGCCUCAUGAUCCACGCAUAUGCUCAGAAUGGGCAUCUGGAAUCCGCGAGAAACAUGUUUGAUGCUAUGCCAAAGAGGGAUCUGGUAACUUUCAAUGCCAUGAUAACUGUCUAUGCACACCACGGGAAUCACGUUGAAGCUAAGGAAUUGUUUGAUUCAAUGCCAGAAAGAAACGUACUCUCUUGGAUCAUCCUUGUUGCCGCAUUUACCCAAAGCGGUAAAAUGGAGGAUACGUUCCAAGUGUUUAAUCAGGCAUCCUCGGUGAAUAUCACUUCUCGAAACACAGUAUUUGGAGUAAAUCACAGUAUGUUGUUACUUGAAGCCAAAGAAGCCGCUGCAAAAAUGCCAGAGUGGAAUGUUGUCUCCUGUAACGAGAUGAUAGCAGUGAAUGCCAGAAUUGGGCAUUUGGAAGAUGUUAAGAACUUGUUUGAUUGGAUGCCUCAGAGAACCCUAGUUUCUUGGAACACGAUGAUCCAAGCUUAUUCGGACCACAGCAAUCUCAAGGAAGCCUACGAUGUCUUCAACAGGAUUCCAGAGAGGGAUGCAAUCACAUUUGCUGCCAUUCUCUCUGGCCACGUUGAAACUGGGGAGAUGGACAAAGCUCAAUCCAUGUUUGAGUUAAUGCCACAGAAAGACACAAUUUCAUCAACGCUCAUGAUCCGGGCAUUGUUCCACAGGAGCGACACAGAAUUGGCCAAGCGGAUUUUCGACGAGAUGGAUGGAAGAGAUCCCAUCAGCUGGAACGCAAUGCUGGCUGGAUUCACUGAAAAGUUCCACUUCCAGAAUGUGCAGCAGAUGUUCGACCGGAUGCCACGCUGGGACGUAAUCUCCUGGAACACACUGAUUACGGCAUAUGCCGAGUCUGGGAAUCUCCACGAUGGAAAGAUUCUCUUCGAGGCAAUGCCCCACAGAGACAUCGUCUCGCACAACGCCAUGGUGGCUCUCUACUCCCGAAACGGCCAGCUGGAGGAUGCCGAUGCCACGUUCGAGAAUAUGCCCAAGUGGGACGAUGUCUCGUGGAACACGAUCCUCCAAGGAUAUUCCUCGGCCGGGAAUAUACCCCGCGCGCACGGGAUAUUCCAGAGGAUGCCCGAGAGGGGCGUGGUGGCGUGGACGUGCUUGCUGAGCAUGCACGCCCAGCUGGGGCAUUUGGAUCGCGCGCGAGAGCUCUUCGAUGCGAUGCCGAUCAAGAGCAUCGUAUCCUGGAAUUCGAUCGUCGCGGCAUACUCCCAGGCGGGAGAUCCAGCGUCAGCGAUCGCGCUGGUGGAAUCCAUGGCGCUAGAGGGCUUCCGGCCCGACGAGAUCACGCUGCUGAGCGUUCUAGCCGCGCGCGGCCACGCGGGAGAGCAGGGGCUGCGCGAAUUUGGGCUGGCGAUCGCGGCACACGGAUUGGCGCCAUCGAAGAACCACUACUCGUGCAUUAUCAAUGCACUCGCGCGAGCUGGGCGGAUCCGCGAUGCGGAGGAACUCAUCGCGGCAAUGCCGUUUGCGCCGGAUGCGGAGACGUGGGCGGCCUUGCUGGGUGCGCCCAAUUACCACGAGAGCUUGGAGAAGGCUGCCAUGGCUGCCAAGAACGCCAUGGAGGUGGAAAGCCCUCUAACGCGCGGGCUGUCCGCGCCAUACGUGAUGCUCUCCAAUCUCUGCUGCUAUGAAUCUUAG